AGUACACGGCAGAUGAAUACCAGGCCAUCCAGAAAGCUCUGAGGCAGAGGCUGGGGCCAGAGUACAUUAGCAGCCGCAUGGCGGGAGGAGGUCAGAAGGUGUGUUAUAUUGAAGGUCACCGGGUAAUUAAUCUGGCCAAUGAGAUGUUUGGUUACAAUGGCUGGGCACACUCCAUCACCCAGCAGAAUGUGGAUUUUGUUGACCUCAACAAUGGCAAGUUCUACGUGGGAGUCUGUGCAUUUGUAAGGGUGCAGUUAAAGGAUGGUUCCUAUCAUGAGGAUGUGGGCUAUGGAGUUAGUGAGGGCCUCAGAUCGAAGGCUUUGUCACUGGAGAAGGCCAGGAAGGAGGCUGUGACUGACGGGCUGAAACGGGCACUCAGGAGUUUUGGGAAUGCACUUGGAAACUGCAUUCUGGAUAAAGACUAUCUGAAGUCGCUGAAUAGGCUGCCGAGGCAGCUCCCUCUUGAAGUGGAUUUAACUAAAACAAAGAGAGAAGAUUUUGAACCAUCUGUAGAACAGGCAAGAUAUAACAGCUGCCGACAGGAUAAAGCAUUGGGGCCCCCCAAACCACAGGAAGCAGCUUCUCCUUGCAGACCAAGCCACCCACAUGAUUCGAACAUUAAGCUACAGGGGGCUAAGGACAGCAGCAGCAGCUCCUGCAGUCUGGCCGCCACCUCAGAGAGUGAUGCCACUCACCAGAGGAAGCUCCGGAAGCUCCGGCAGAAGCAGUUCCAGCAGCAGUUCCGGGAACAGAUGGAGGCUCAUCGGCUUAGCCACGCAGCUGCCGAAGAGGUGGAAGCCAAGCGUGAGGCAGCACUUCCAGCCCCUCCAAAACACAGCACCCCCGUACCUGCAGCCUCGGCAUGCCUCAGGGAGAAAGCCGUCCUUCCAGAUAACCUAGAAGAGAACCUUGAAAUGUGGGACCUUACUCCAGACUUAGAAGACAUCAUUAAGCCCUUGUGUAGAACAGAACCACCCCAAACCUCUGUCACCCGAACCCACAACAACCAGGCGGUGAUCCAGGACAGUGUCCCACAUAUCCAUUGCCACCAGAAAGUACAAGAAAAACCUGGACCUGGGCACCUGCAGACCUGCAGCACUAAUCAGCAUGUCCUAGGUAGCAGAGAAAACUCUGAAUCUCAUAGGAAGAGCCAGGACCUGAAGAAAAGGAAACUAGAUCCAUCCUGAAGCUCAAUAAGUUACUAGAUUCUGCCACAAAGGGACUUUGGAAAACUGCAGUUUGGUCACCAAAUUGUUCCCAUCUUGGUUCAUGCUGAACUCUUUAGAGCCUACUAUAGAGGAAGCUGACUACGUAAAGAGGUUGUCGUACCCUGUGAUGGGAAAGAGGCCAACAGAUGCUUUAACUUUUUUC